AUGGCUGGCCGAUCGGCGCCCUAUGGCCAAGCGUGUUUAAGCUGUUUCAAGACCAAAUGCAAGUGUAUUCCUCGUCCCGAGGGCAAUGGAUGCGAAAGGUGCCACCGUCUCAAGCGCCCAUGCCAUCCCGCCGAUGCGCUACGUCGUCGCAGCGAUAAAAAGCAAAACCCGUCGGAAGCCCGUAUCGCAAAACUCGAGGGCACACUCGGCCAGCUCGCCUCACUGAUCAAUGCGGGCAACGUCCACGGCGGCAGAGUCGAUGCAUCGUCGCAGCAGCAGCAGCAACAGCAGCAACAGCGGCAACAGCAAUCAAAUCCGCAACAACACCAGCAACAUCAACAACAGCCACCCCAUCCCAUCAUUCCAUACCCAGCUGCAGCCGUAGAAGGGAACGAAGGGAGCGGCACUGUAAAGGACUCGCGCGCCCCCUCUAUCGGUGAAAACAACGACGAUACCGAUACCGACGACGUCAGUACCUCUGCUCCUAGGUGGGCGAUGGGAAAUGUGAACGGGUUCAGCGCCAACGGCUUCCCUAUCGCCACCCCCCUCUCAUCGACCGUGUCGGGUGUGUUCAAGUCGCCUUCUGUAUCUCCGUCCUCUGCGUCGAUAUCUCUUGAAACCUUCUCCUCGCGUAUGCUGCACCACUUCCCCUUUGUUCAUUUGCCUGCCCACCUCACGGCGGAGCAGCUACGGCUAGACAGGCCGUUUUUAUUACGCGCCAUUGUUUGCGUAACAUCGGCAUCGGCUGAGGACAAGAGGGCAAGCUCCCUCGAGCUGAAGCGUGUGCUCUACGAGACGGCAUUCCUCCAACAGUCGCCGCAGCCGAACCAGCGGCAACCACAAGAGCAAACAGUCGAUCUACUGCUAGGUCUCCUUGUCUAUAUUGCGUGGGGCUGGGAGCACCUGGGCAGCCGUCCCAGUCUGUCUCGACUUAUGGCGCUGGCCAUAUCGUUGGUAGGGGAGUUGCGUUUUCUCGACCAAGCCGUACCGGAAAUCUCGCGCACAAUAAGCCACCUCGAACCAAAAGGCGGUUUUGACGAUGUGUAUGGCAGCACGACGGCGACUACGGCGAUGGAGACAACGACAACGAGUGCUGGGGCGACUGAUACCCAGCUCUACCUCGAGCGCCAGCGAGCUAUUCUAGGCUGCUUUGUGCUUGGCUCGGCCGUCUCAAACUACUUUUCCCAGGCUUAUGCGCCGCAGUGGAUACCUCAGAUGGACGAAGGCCUUGCUACCAUUAUCGCCAGCGGCAAUAGCGCCGGCGCAGAAUGUCCGUCUGAUACUGCCCUGGCUAUUCAGGUCCGGCUGCAGCUGCUAGCCAUGAAGGCUGCCCAGGUCCGGGAGCGAGCCCGACUCCCCGAUCAACCCCCACCGGAGACUCUUUCACCUCAAGCUCUUUUGUACAUCAAGGCGCUGAUGGGGCAGCUACAAGAGCUCAGGGCAUCUAUCCCUCCGGCAUUCCAGCAGCACUUUGACCUCCUCGCUCAGACGUACUACACGGAGAUGUGCAUUUUCGAGACCAUCCACAUCCAGCAGUCUGCUCGCCCGCCACCGCCGACAUGUGGGCCUACGCGUAUCUCCUGCUUUUGGCAGUCAGCGCUGGCGAUCAAGUCUUACACGUCAACCUUUUUGACCCUCUCGCCGUCUGGACUUCUUGGUGUCUCUUUCAUCCAGUGGGCUCAGCUGGCACGGUGCGUGGCCACCCUGCACCAACUCAGCACGCUCCAGGAGCGUGGCUGGGAUCCAGCCACCGUGUGCGGUCUCAUCGAUCUGCCCGUCCUGCUAUCCUGCACGGCAGACAAGCUAGAGCUCGCUGCUGCUGAGGCUGGGGAGCAGCCGGCGCCAGCCGAUGGUGUAUUCACGCAACUGGCCCGCGGCCUGCGCAUGUUCCAGUCGGCGUACCACGAUAGAGAACUGCUGGCCCAACAGGAAGAGGCACAUAAAGCAAAAGAAGCAGGAGAUAGAGCAGGAGCCAGAGCGGAUGCUGAUACGGGUAGAGUGGCGACCACGGAAGCAGGUACAGAUGGGUUGGUAUAUAGUCAACAGGCAGGAUACUUGAUGAGUCCCACAUUAUGGCUAGAUGAGUUUUUUGUUUGA